GUAUUGUUGUUGCCGCUCGCGGAGUACGAGCGAGGGAAAUUGAGUCGUUAACGUGAGUGUGAAGAAGGCGACAAAGUAUAUAAAGUUAGGAAGUAAUCUUAUUUCAUGUUAAAGUGUUCUUUUAUAGUAAUAUCACAGACUGAGGCGUUUAACCUAGCCACUUUAGGUAACAUUAGCAACGAAGCUGUAGCUGCAAUCUCCAAGCGCAUGUGUUUAUGUUUUUAGUAUUGCAUAUAAUAAGCAAGCUAGCUAAUGUUAGCCAGCUAGCCAAGCGUAACUUAGCUAACUUACCACACGUUCACUGGCAGGUGAGGUCUAUUGUAGUGUUGUGAGCAGCUGUUGGGAAUGUCACCUCCUCCAUAUGGUCGCAGGAGUCAUGAAGGGUCAGCGAACAUAUCAGACAGCGAUUCAGAGGACGAGCCCAAGCUCCCCCUCAAUCAGUUUUAUCCAUAUAUCCGCUGUGCCCUCUGCUGCGGCUUCCUCAUCGAUGCCACCACCAUCACAGAGUGCCUGCACACAUUUUGCAAAAGCUGCAUCGUGAAGCACUUUUUCUACAGCAACAGGUGUCCCACAUGCAGCAUUGUAGUCCACCAGACACAACCACUCUACAACAUAAGGCCUGACAGACAACUGCAGGAUAUUGUUUACAAAAUGGUUCCCUUCCUGGAGGAGUUCGAAAGAGAACAAAUGAGUAACUUCUACAAAGAGAGAGGGCUGGAUGUGCCAAAACCAGUGGUGGUCUCCCCUCCGGGUCCUGUUGUGUUAAGGAGGCAGAAGAAGGAUAACAUUCCCCAGUCUGUGUUCACCAUUCCUCCUGAGCUGGAUGUAUCUCUGCUGCUGGAUUUUGUUGGGGCUGAAGAGGGCAUCAGUAACUAUAAGCCAUUAGAGAGGCGGUACGUUCGUGUGUCAGGCGAGGCCACUAUCCGCCACGUGGAGCUGUUCAUCAGGAGGAAGAUGGAGCUGAGCCCCACCUGCCAGGUGGAUGUGGUUUGUGGAGAUCACCUCCUAGAUCACUACCAGUCACUCAAAGACAUACAGAACUCUGUGGGCGACGAGGCACUACAGGAUGGUCUGCUGGUGCUGCACUUUGGCUUGGUCCUGCCCUCCCAGUCUUGACCACGAGAGGUGGAUGUAGUUAAUUCCUGAGGGGAAGGACUGACCUUUUGGACUUUGUUUCUCUUCAUCAGACUCUUGUCAUAAUGUGGAGUAAAGUUUCUACAUUGGCAUUACAGCGACUCCACAGCUGCCUCGGAUGUGUUGUUACAAUUGUCACAAUCUGCUUACAGAUUGUUCGAUAAAACCUCAAACUUAAAUGUCGCAUUAAAGUGUAGCAGGUGGCUGGAGAAGAGAAAGUCCAAGAACUUGGAUUUCUUUAUUGAACAGUCUAGAAUGAAAAGAUGUAAACCUGAACUCUGCUGUUCACACUGCAGCAUCAAAUUUCCAACUCCCAAGAUCAACAUCUUGUUUUCAGGACAACCCAUGUGUCUGCUGUAAGUUUGCUGGACACAAGUGACAUUCAUUUGAUUUACUGAAGUGCCAGCAUGUAAAAAUGAAUUAUCCCCGAUGAAUGGAAAGUACAAAUACCUAUUUCCUACUGCCACGGUAUCUUUUUAGGUAUUGUUCAGUGCGCUUUCACUCCACACAAGAAUGUGACUACUGCUGUGGCUAAAACUGGACUGAACCACUGUUAGUGAGUCUGGAACUCCUCAAAUUUCAAACAGUACGUCUGUGAAGGCAAUACAAUGUCAUGUCUGAAAAGCUGCAUCAGUGUAGUUUAGCAACCGGUAUCUUCAUUUUUUUCUAUUUAUGAUUUCAAGUGCUGUGUGAUUUCAGAUAGAUAAUUGUGAUUUAAAGGGCUUGAAACAAAAGGGCUUUCACUACCAAAGGUUUGUGUGCGUGUUUAUAUAGAGUCUAUCUUUAAUUACAACUUUCUUCUUGUUGAUUUACACAUUUAAGAGCUUUUGUAUAGACUACUGAUGUAAAUUGAUGCGAUUGACUUGAUAAAACAUGCUUUCAGUACAACUCGCCCGAGCACAAAAGCAGUUAUUUAAACGGAGUUUGUAUUAGGAAGUCUUUCGUAGGGUUUCAUAAAAAUACCUUUCCUACUUGCUUUUGUCACAAUUAAUUAAUAAAUGACUGCACGACUGA